AUCUCGCGAUAACUGAUGACACUCGGAAAGGGUCAGCUGACUCCAGACUCCAGGGAUCCAGCUGCUGCGUCGCUGUUCCAGCAAGAUCCUCGUGCAGCUCCAAAGAUGGCAGACGCCAACCAACAAGUCCCCCCUCACCAGCUGGGGCCAGUGCAAUUUCUGCUGAGUAACAAACUUGAGACAGCGAUGUGGCUGUCCCGACUCUUCACUGUCUAUUGCUCUGUCAUGUUUAUUCUGCCAGUGUUGGGGCCGUACGCCGCAGCCAACUUCUACCAGCGAGCGUUGCUGGCCAACGCUCUCACCAGUGCCCUGCGGCUGCAUCAGAGGCUUCCUCGCUUCCAGCUGAGUCGGGAGUUUCUGGCUCAGGCUCUUCAGGAGGACAGCUGCCACUACCUGCUGUACUCGCUCAUCUUGGUCAACUCCUACCCCAUCACCAUGAGCAUCUUCCCUGUCUUCCUCUUCUCUCUGCUUCAUGCCACCACCUACACCAAGAAAGUCCUGGACUCCAUGGGGCCCGGCAGCCUGAUGUUCGUACGGAACCUGCUGGACAAGCUGACGGCCAAUCAGCAGAACAUCCUCAAAUUCAUCGCCUGCAACGAGAUCUUCCUGAUGCCUGCCACUGUCUUCAUGCUCUUCAGUGGACAGGGGAGCCUGCUGCUGCCAUUCAUCUACUACAGGUUCCUCACGCUGCGCUACACGUCCAGGAGAAACCCGUACUGUCGCACCUUGUUCACGGAGCUGCGGAUCCUGCUGGAGCACUUCAUCAUGAAGCCUGCGUGCCCUGUCUUCUUUCGGAGAAUGUGCCUCAGCAGCAUCGCCUUCAUCAGCCGCCUGGCGCCCACCGGCGUCUGACCAAACCUCCCUCCCCUCAGCCGUAGAAGAUGUGACUUGAACUCAAACAGACGAGGCCAAAAACAGCAAGAACUGUUUCAGUGAAUGUCGGCUGCAGUCUGAGCUCCUCUGAGGAGCUGCUGGUGAUGCACUGAAGUCUCCUCAUCUCUUGUCAUUUCCAUGGUGACGUCCGUCACGGAGCGGAGCGUCCGUCCCGCUGCCUGCAUGUGUCUUCUACUCAUGUCCUUAUUUAUUCACUCUGAGAUUAGUAACUAAGAUAAUUUAAAGACCUGUAUUUUUAGAAAGGUUGAGGUUUAUGUGAAGUUUAUAUUUUAGUCUUAAUGCCUCACUGAAGUAGACGCCAUAUAUGCUGAUCAGUUUCUUGAAGUGUGUGAGAAGGAAGAACUGCUGACAGUUGGAACCAGCAGACGAGCAAGGUCUGGUUCUGACUCAGACUCGGUCUUCUGACAGACGUGUUUUUAACGAUUAAUGAUUCCUAAAAUUCACCAAUAAAAUAUUAAACAACA